AUGUCUCAGCAAGAUGAGUUGGUGGAAGCACUCAAUGCUGAAACCAACAAGAUAAGAGUCUCGGGUAAAUCAUUGAAGUUGAAAGCAAGUGAAAAAGCGGUGGAAGAAUUAUAUAAUACUGGGCUAGUGGGUAAGCUAUUGGCAAAUAGGAGUAUCAACAAAAAUAGAGUGAAAGCUAUCACCUUAAAGGCAUGGAGAACAUCAAGAGGGGUCCAGAUAGUGGAUCUUAGAGAAAAUAUAUUCCUAUUUAAAUUUGCUUGUGAAGGUGACAAAAGAAGAAUUAUGGAACUAGGGCCAUGGAAUAUUGAGGGCUUCCCUCUCAUUUUAAAGCAAUGGAAUCAAAACAUGGUGGUGGAAGAUCUAGACUUCUCAAGCCUACCGAUUUGGAUUCAGGUACAUAAUCUAUCCAUUGAAUACAUGUCUAAAGAAAAUGCAGUGGGGAUUGGGUCACUGGUAGGAGAAGUGGUAGAUGUUGAUUUCACAGGAGAUGGAGAAGUUUGUAUGUGCAAAUUCCUAAGAGUCAAAGUGGAAGUUAAGGUUGAUGACCUUCUCAGGAGUGGGUUUUAUCUUGACAGAAGCCCUCAUCCGGACCUGUGGAUUCAAUUUAAAUAUGAGAGAGUGGCUGAAUUUUGCUAUAAAUGUGGUAGGUUGGGGCAUUUAAAGGCUAGAUGCUUGAAAGUUAGUCACAUAUAUGCCCAAAUUCCAUCAAAAGAGCCAUAUGGAUUCGGGCACUGGAUGAAGGCAGAGUCUACAGGGAGAAAAACAUCAAGGUGGGUUGAAUUCAUGGCUGAAGAAAGUAGUGCAAAGUAG